AUGCUCAUCGAUCAAAUCGUGGCAGCGGUACCAGGGGUACCUGAUAUAAGUGGCAACGCUUCGGCCCUAUCGUUACAGAGACGCAGUCAAGAGUUCGCCACCUCAUGGAUAUCAAUGACAUAUAGUCAGAGUUAUGGUGACCUGGCACAGAACUGGCAGAAUGACGAAGGUGGAGCAGGAAAUUUUGAUUCUUAUGCUGAAGAGAAGUUACAGAAUUUCUUUUCAGGUAAUAGGGAUUGGAAAUACUGCUUUGCUGCUGAGGACACGAAAAACGGUGAGCCACUUGAUUACGAUGACAUACCUGGUGACGGUGCAGGCACGGGUUCGGCAUUCAAGUCUGAGAUAUAUUUUAACACUUACGGUGGUAUAGAUAAUUAUUGUAAUGACGAGCAUAUCGGUGCUCAGAACACUGGAGAUGGUCGAUAA